AUGUUAUAUCAGUCAUUUUCUUUCUUUCUAUUUCUCGUGUAUACCCUUUCGACAGCGAUAGUAUGGGGCAUAAAAUUUGAUCUUCCAGCAGCACCAGAACAUAGUGUAGUGCCAAAAUGCAUCUCGCAAUACGUAACUACUAAUACACUUGUAGUUGUAACAGUAAAGGUUGGAGUUGGGUAUAAUCAAAAAAUAGAUGUCGAGGUAACUGAUAAUAGCGAUGCGAAUAACAAAUAUGGUCAUAAACGGGAUAUCAACGAAGAAACUCGUUUGGCUUUUACAACACAUGCUAAUGCGGAUAUAUCAGUUUGCUUUACAAAUACAUUAGAUGAAGAGUUCCAACCCAAUCCGCAAUAUCAUCGUAUGAUUGACCUGGAUAUAGACAUAGGAGCAGAAGCUAUAGAUCCUAAUCAAUUCGAAAAACUGAAACCUAUGGAAGCCGAACUUCGAAAAUUGGAACAAGUAGUGCAAGAAAUCGUAGACGAAAUGGAUUAUCUACGGCAACGAGAAGCUAGAAUGAGAGAUACAAAUGAAUCUACAAACGAACGUGUCAAGUGGUUCAGUCUUGGCACCAUGUUUGUGCUUGUUUGUUUAGGCUUUUGGCAGAUUGUCUAUCUCAAGAAAUUCUUCCAACGAAAAAGAUUGAUCGACUAA